AUGAGUUGGCGCGUAUAUAUGCAAGCGUUCCGCAACUCGUCGGUGGGGUACGUGGUGGUCACGCACGUGUUGGUCGACGUGACCAGCAACAACUGGGAGCUGAACGACCUCAUCGGCAACGCCCGCACACUGUUCACGCCCGUGCUCAACGUGGCGUCGCAGCAAGACCUGACCGACACGUUUACGUUUGCCGAGGGGUACUCGCUGUCCACAACGUCCAACGUGGGGCUAUUCAUGCUCAACUAUACACUGCAAAAGAUCCACGCGCAUGAUGCUAGCAUGUACGUGCUCACGGCCGACACGUUUCUCAUCAACGGCGGGACCAACGACAUCUGUGGCUUGUUGAAGCAAUCGUACCUGGUCAAGGCCAACACCACCAGUGUGAGUUUAGGGGUUAUCGAAGACGGCAUCCAAUACAUUCGAGGACAAGCGAUCUCCAACUUUUUUCUGGGCAUCGGCCCCCCACCCUCGUUUGGAAGCGAUCACGACACACUCACAUCCCUUGGGUACAUUCCAUCGCGCAUGGAUGCCGACGUGCGCUUGACGACACUCGUGGCGAUCCCCCCGCAGGGCCGACUCGCGCGAACGUGUCUAUGUAUCGGUACUACUCGCGCGCGCUUUGCACGGGGUGCGACCCCAUCCUCCCGCAAGCUCGUAAUCGAGUCGAGCCAAGCGGUGGUAGGACACCACCGCGUGCUUGGCAUGAUGCUAGAGCGGUCUGGGGUCACGACGGGGUCGCUGGUCGUGCGUGGGGUGUGCGUCCUCUUUGUGCUUGCGUCGUUCACGACGAGCCAAAAGACGAAGCUGCUGCACAUGAUCGCGCCGUCGCUACAUCGGUACCAACACCGGCUCCUGAACCUGCCGUACUUCUGCUUCAACAGCGACAUUUUUGUCGUGGGGUACGUGACGGCGGUGCUACUGGACGAGAAAGCGUGCACGUUGUACUCGCGGGCGCUGUUUCGGUGGAACCGAGACACCCCUAGUUCGUGGACCAGCUGGUAUGUGUACCUCCGCAUCCUGUCGAUGAACUUUCGGUGGGUGUGGCUCAACUGCUUCUUGGUCAAGAUCAUCAAGCUGAUGGCGAAUUUUGUGAGCGCCACGGGAUACACGAGUCGCAACUUUGUCGUGGGGUACUUUAACUUUAGCAGCAUCACGUACGUGUACGUGGCGGGCCUCGCGCUCGUGUAUCGGCACAACUUUUUGGACUAUAGCAACUCGGACAUGGUCGCCCUAACCCCCGACAUGCAGCACCUGGACGGCAUUUCCAUCGACUUUUUCGACAGCACCCUCAUGCGGGGGUACCCUGGCUUGGUGCUUGUCAUGUUCCUCAACCUGGUGGGGGUGCUCUCGAUCGAUUUGGCCGUCAACUUCAAGUGGUGGCGCAAAGUGUCCAACAAUUCCCUCGGGCGUCAGCACAUCUACAACUCGACGUCCAUCAUCACCGACAUGGGGCCGGGUCGAUACCGAGUCAAGCUGCGCAACAGCGCGCAAGUCACCGUGGCGCGCCGCCAGUCGACGGUAGCCGCGGACGACUUUUUCAUGCUGGCCCAAGAUCAGGAUGGAUACCUUCACUUGUUCAACGCGAGGAAGACCGAAAUCCAAGCGCUGAGCAUGGAAGUCAACGUCCAAGCGGACGCGAGGUACAUGGUGGCGUAG